AUGGCCAUCCUUGAAAUUCACAUCUACUCUGUGACCGAAGGGCACGGUUCGACUCCCGCUGGGGAUGUUGCUAAUACCCAUACGAGCUGCAGUCAGCCUCUCGUUUCGCGCAAUCAUCUCGCCGCCAGCUUGCACAAUCUGAACAACCUUCGUCGACAACAGCACCAACUGGCGACCCAAAUUGUCUGUCAGGCCCGACUGGGAGACACGAGGCCGAUGCGUGUCGUCUCGAGUGGAAGGGAUACAUCAAAUGUCCUCCCAAUUGGGAGCAUGUUGAAUGGAACUUGUGACCGUCGGCAACAGGAAGACGUCCGCCAAAGGGGUAAAACAAAUUUUAUUUUUAAAAGUGUGUCGCAACUUGGUCUGGUCGUCAGGGCGCCCAGUCCGAAGUCGUCUGCCAUCUUAAUUGUCAUCAUGUCCGGCAUCACACUGUCGACUUGGUACAUUCUCAAAUGUACCUUCUACCAAGUCGCCAUGACAACAAGACCAAGUUGCGACGACGAGGUCAAUCCACUUUAA